AUGAAAUUCACGUGGGCGACAACGCUCUUAUUACUCUCUACCAGAGUCACUGCCUUGACGAUUCCCCAGUAUGAGCUCGCCGAAAACACAGACAUCACGGAACGAGAUGUCGUGUUCCCAGAGUCCACAGAUACCUCUGGCUACUGGGAAUUUGUGAAGAAACUCGGAAAACGCCGAGGGGGCGGCGGCGGCGGCCGUGGUGGCAGCUCUGGUGGUAGCUCUGGUGGUAGCUCUGGAAGUAGCUCUGGAAGUAGCUCUGGAAGUAGCUCUGGUGGUAGCUCUGGUGGCAGCUCUGGAGGCCGCAGCGGAUCUAGCAGCUCCAGCGGCUCCAGCGGUUCCAGCAGCUCCUCCAGUUCCGGCAGUAAUAGAGGCGGCACUACCAGCUCCGGCUCCGGCACACGCGCCAGCUACGGCGGAGGCAGGUAUUAUGCCGGCGGUGCAACAGUCCCCUAUUCAGCUGGCUCCAAGUCUAAAACCGGCAUCGCUCCCUACGUGAUAGGAGGUGCUGCCCUGGCCUUUUUCCCUGGGAUCUGGUUGUACAGCGUCUAUGCUUACCCCUACGCCCACAACUACUACUACUACAACCAAAACGCCCAUAAGAAUGAGUCCUACCCGGUCGUGUGUGUCUGUCAGGAACACUCGGAGUGUGGAUGCGACGAUAACAACAAUAGCACCUACUACGAGUCUCUGUUCAAUGGCACUGAGCCUAAGAACUCGAGUGUGGUGCGUGUGGUGAAGGAGAAUGGCACCGAGACCAUUUACAUCAACGGUACCCUGCCUAAUGGCACCACUGCUGCAGGUGGCUCAACCUCUGCCGCACCUGGCUCCUUUGUCACAACGCUGCAGCAUGCGACUGGGUUCUGGGUGCCUGUUGCUCUAAUGGUGACCGCCGUUUGGGGGGUUGGAUUCUAA